AUGUUUAAAAGAAAACAUAAACACUCCCAAACACCUCUAAAUACUCUUUUAGAGCUGUAUAAUGAAGUGGCUAACACCGCCCUCAAUAACAUUCAUUUAGAGCAAUCAGGGAACCCUGCCGAAGCCCUACAAGGCUGGAAGGCGCUCCAUACAACUGUCCUCUACAAGCUUGAUGCCGUGGACAAGGUGAUCAACAAUAUAGCCCUAACCGAAGAGGAGGAACACGUACUCAGUGAGAUCCAGAUCCUUCAAUCGCAGAGUGAUGAUCAUCUGACCCGUUUACAGACGAAGCUGAAUGAGGAUAAUCAGGCUCGUCAAAAGCAACGUUCCAAGUCGAACCCUGGAUCGUUAACUUCGUCUUCCUUGAACGUACCCACUUUGAGGACUUCUAACCCUCAACCAAUGCAAACACGUAAGAGAGCUAUGCAAAAGACUCUGCGAACCACGACCUCCAAUAAUAGAUCUGCAACAUCCAACAAUGCGAAGACAGCGGCGUCACUUAGCUGGACCCAAGACGAGGAACAUGCACAUCGAAAUAAUUGGUCUCCUUCUUCGAGUUUGAAUGUCAACAAAGCAACCAAAUCAUACUCCUCAAUGUUUGACUCCUUUAGUGACACGAUAAUGACAAAGAGUGACACAGCGUUGAAAGAAUUGGAAAGGGAAGCCACAUUACGAGAACUAGAGAAAGCAGGAAACUCAUCCAGGGAACAACGAACUAAAUCACCUCAUCUAGCAACCGAAGAGAACUUAAUAGAUUUGGAUACAGAACUCCAAAGUCUGGAGCUGACCAGGUUAAAGUCACCUCCUUCGAAUAGUGCUACAGAACCAUCUAGCACACAUACUAAUAGUACACCAGCCUCCAGAAAAGCUGCAUAUGUCUACAAGCAACCAUCAGUACCAAAGUUUGUUAUUACCAAACAAAAGCAGUCAUACAAGAAUCCCUCUAAUACUUCAGCACGCCCUCAACUGACAAGACCACCGCCUAAAUCUGCAUCUCUUGUUUCAGUAAAGAAAACUAUAAACCCAGCAACUGCAAGUUCAACAAAGCCUUCAUCGUCUUCUAAGAAGCCUUCCACUCCAAGAUCGAGAUCUGUCCCUACAAGUCGAAAGAAAUCUCCUUCUCUUUCCCCUAAUAGACCUCCCACCAAGAAAGAAUCUUUAUCCAGCGAUACGAGUGACAAUUCACAAGAUGAUUCUGACAAGAUUGACGACUCUGAAGCCCUAAUUGCUUCACUUCGUGGGGUGGAUCCAUUGGCUGCCAAACAAAUUCUCAACGAAAUCAUUGUGCAUGGGGACGAAGUUCAUUGGGAAGAUAUUGCAGGCUUGGAAAGUGCCAAAAACUCUUUGAAGGAAACUGUAGUUUACCCCUUUCUUCGUCCCGAUCUCUUCAGUGGUUUAAGAGAACCAGCGCGUGGAAUGCUGUUGUUUGGUCCGCCAGGAACGGGAAAAACAAUGUUGGCGAGAGCUGUUGCAACAGAAUCCAAAUCCACUUUCUUUUCUAUAUCUGCAUCAUCCUUGACUUCCAAGUUUCUUGGAGAAUCUGAAAAGCUUGUUCGAGCUUUAUUCCAACUGGCCAAAAAAUUGGCACCUGCAAUUAUUUUUGUCGAUGAAAUCGACUCGUUACUUUCUUCAAGAAAUCAAGAUGGGGAAAAUGAAUCGUCAAGAAGAAUCAAAAAUGAGUUUCUAGUACAAUGGAGUGACUUAACAAAGGCAGCUGCAGGUAAGGAUUCGGGAGAAGAUUUGCAGCGAGUACUUGUACUGGCAGCUACGAAUCUUCCCUGGGCUAUUGAUGAGGCAGCUCGAAGACGUUUUGUUCGCCGCCAGUACAUUCCAUUGCCGGAAGAGGAAACUAGGAAAGCACAGUUAUCAAAACUUCUAUCCUAUCAAAAUCAUACUUUAUCCAAUGAGGAUUUUACAGCUUUAGUCAAAUUAACUGAAGGAUUUAGUGGAUCAGACAUUACUGCAUUGGCGAAAGAUGCAGCAAUGGGUCCGCUAAGACAACUGGGAGACAAGCUUUUGAUGACAAACAAGAACGAAAUCCGACCAGUAAGCUUGGAAGAUUUCAAAUCCUCUUUAAACUACAUCAGACCAAGUGUGUCGAAAGAAGGACUUUUACAAUUUGAAGAAUGGGCAAAGCUGUACGGUUCUUCUGGUGUUUGA